CACAGACGCCUGCACCAGGUAUACCUAGCAUAGGUAUGCACUUCUAUACGCCCCGAAUUGUUCCGGCACGGGGCUGGGGUCACCGCGCUUGAAUGGACCGCGUAGCUCCCAUCAUCCUCACGCGCGCCUCCGCUCCAUUUCAGUAGUAACAUUCACCUCCUCCCUCGGCUCCCCGUCGCUCUCGCCUCUCCUCCGCGCUCCCAUCCCUUUCCAACGUCCCAUCUCCAUCCACCCCAAGAUCUCCUUUAACCCCUCCGGGUGCGCGUCCACUGAUCACUCACUCACCGCCGGUCGAGCUAGCUUUGCUCGCUCCCGCGGCCGCUGUUGAACAUGGAUUCCUCCGGCCCCGGCCCGUCAUCCUCCGUCGUCGGCGGCGGCAGCGCGCCAGACGUUGCGCCGAAGCCGCCUGCGCAGCUGAGCAGGUACGAGGCGCAGAAGCGCAGGGACUGGAACACGUUCCUGCAGUACCUGCGGAACCACAAGCCGCCGCUGACGCUGGCGCGGUGCAGCGGCGCGCACGUGAUCGAGUUCCUCAGGUACCUGGACCAGUUUGGCAAGACCAAGGUGCACGCCGUCGGCUGCGCCUUCUACGGCCAGCCCAGCCCGCCGGGGCCGUGCCCGUGCCCACUGCGCCAGGCGUGGGGGUCCCUCGACGCGCUCAUCGGCCGCCUGCGCGCGGCCUACGAGGAGAGCGGCGGCGCGCCGGAGUCGAACCCCUUCGCCGCGCGGGCCGUCCGGAUCUACCUGCGCGAGGUGCGCGACUCGCACGCCAAGGCGCGCGGGAUCCCGCACGAAAAGAAGAAACGGAAGCGCGCGCCGCAGGCCGCUGAGGCAUCUGGUUCAUCGGCCGGCGCCGGAGCAGUCUUUGACAGGGACGUCGAGGGUAGCGCCGGCGAUGGUGCUCUUGCUGCGUCCGCCGCGCAGGCUGGAGCUGGAGACGGUGGCAGCACUGCACCGAACAUCCCUUGAGUAUAGUAGACUUGCAAACCUUGUCUAUCAGUUCGUUUACCGUGUCCGGCAUAGGCAUAACAAGAUUUGAGCUUUCCAUUUGGUAUGCUUUGUUGCUUAUAUUACCUCUAAAUUUUCUGUCCCAUUUUCAGAUUAAUUAGAUUAUUAAUAAGUACUAUUACAGGGCGUUGUAGUAGUAGUGUUCUAGGGGAAGUGAAUCAAUUGGCACAGCUGAUUGUUCAUCAUCCCAUACAUACCCUGGUAAUUUAAGAAAAUGAGAUUUGUGGUCAUAUUAGUUA